AUGGGCGUGGCCGCCGCCGACCCCCAGGACGGAGCUGGGAGGGGCGCCCACCGUCCGAGGCGAGGGGCCGCGGAACCCCUGGGAAGGGGGGAUGCGCGGAUGCAACUGCCAGCGGCGCUGGGCGCGGGGGCCGCGGCCGCGGUGGCGGCGCUGGUGGCCGCUCUGCUCCUGCUGCGAUGCCAGGACGCGGGGCCGGGGGCCGGCUCCAGCAUGGCUGGGGCAGAGGCGCUGCCCAAGCUUCGGGAAGACUUCCGGAUGCAGAAUAAAUCCGUCUUUAUUCUGGGCGCCAGCGGGGAGACGGGCAAAGCGCUCCUAAGGGAAUUGCUGGAGCAGCGCCUGUUUUCCAGAGUCACGCUCAUUGGCCGGAGGAAGCUGACCUUUGAGGAGGAAGCUUAUGCAGAUGUGAAUCAAGAGGUGGUGGACUUUGAAAAGCUGGACGACUAUGCUUCUGCCUUCCAAGGUCAUGAUGUUGGAUUCUGUUGCCUGGGUACCACCAGAAAAAAAGCUGGGGCGGAAGGAUUUGUUCAUGUCGAUCGAGAUUAUGUCCUGAAAUCUGCAGAACUGGCAAAAGCUGGAGGGUGCAAACAUUUCAACCUGCUGUCCUCCAAAGGAGCUGACAAGUCGAGCAGUUUUUUGUAUCUGCAAGUUAAGGGAGAAGUGGAAGAUAAGGUGGAAGAAUUAAAAUUUGAUCGUUACUCCAUAUUUAGGCCUGGAUUUCUGUUAUGUGAUAGGCAAGAAUCUCGCCCAGGUGAAUGGGUGAUUAGGAAAUUCUUUGGCUCCUUACCAGAAUCUUGGGCCAGUGGGCAUUCUGUACCAGUGGUGACUGUGGUUAGAGCGAUGCUGAACAACUUAGUGAGACCAAGUGACAAGAAGAAGGAGCUGCUGGACAACAAGGCCAUCCACGAUCUGGGGAAAGCCGACGGCCCUCUGAAGCCAUGA